CCCAGCGGAGCCCAGACGCCGAAGACCCCGCAAGAGCUGUGCCAAGAUGUGUGACGACGAGGAGACGACGGCUUUGGUGUGUGACAACGGCUCUGGGCUGGUGAAGGCCGGCUUUGCAGGCGAUGACGCUCCCAGGGCUGUCUUCCCUUCCAUCGUGGGCCGCCCGCGCCACCAGGGAGUCAUGGUGGGCAUGGGGCAAAAGGAUUCCUAUGUAGGCGAUGAAGCCCAAAGCAAGCGAGGUAUCCUGACUCUGAAGUACCCCAUUGAGCAUGGCAUCAUCACUAACUGGGAUGACAUGGAGAAGAUCUGGCACCACACCUUCUACAAUGAGCUCCGUGUGGCCCCUGAGGAGCACCCAACCCUGCUCACUGAAGCCCCCCUGAACCCCAAGGCCAAUCGUGAGAAGAUGACCCAGAUCAUGUUUGAGACCUUCAAUGUUCCUGCCAUGUACGUGGCCAUCCAAGCAGUGUUGUCCCUGUAUGCGUCUGGCCGUACCACAGGCAUUGUUCUGGACUCCGGGGAUGGUGUAACUCAUAACGUGCCCAUCUAUGAAGGUUAUGCCCUGCCCCAUGCCAUCAUGCGUCUGGACCUGGCUGGUCGGGAUCUCACUGACUACCUCAUGAAGAUCCUCACUGAGCGUGGCUACUCCUUUGUCACCACUGCUGAACGUGAAAUUGUCCGUGACAUUAAAGAGAAACUGUGUUACGUCGCCUUGGAUUUUGAGAAUGAGAUGGCUACAGCUGCCUCUUCCUCCUCUCUGGAGAAGAGCUAUGAACUGCCUGAUGGCCAGGUCAUCACUAUCGGCAAUGAGCGCUUCCGCUGCCCAGAGACGCUCUUCCAGCCCUCGUUCAUUGGUAUGGAAUCAGCUGGCAUUCAUGAAACUACUUACAACAGCAUCAUGAAGUGUGACAUUGAUAUCCGCAAGGAUCUGUAUGCCAACAAUGUCUUAUCUGGAGGCACUACCAUGUACCCUGGUAUUGCUGAUCGUAUGCAAAAAGAAAUCACUGCACUGGCUCCUAGCACCAUGAAGAUUAAGAUUAUUGCUCCCCCAGAGCGUAAAUACUCUGUGUGGAUUGGGGGUUCCAUCCUGGCCUCUCUGUCCACCUUCCAACAAAUGUGGAUUAGCAAGCAAGAGUAUGAUGAAGCGGGCCCCUCCAUUGUCCAUCGCAAAUGCUUCUAAGGUGCCUUCUCUCUUAGUCUGCCCUACAUUCAGGAUGGCGGUUAUGAUGCUUCUUUGAAUCAUACAAACCACUCUCCCUUGUCUCUCAUCAAUCAUUGUACAGUUUGUUUACACACGUGCAGUUUGUUUGUGCUUCGAAUAUUUAUUGCUUUAUAAAUAAA